AUGACUACAUUCGCUGUUCAAACCCUCAUCAUAAGCGCCCUUUUCUUAGGUGUCGCCCAAGCAGAAUCCAACAGCACUUCUGGUAAUACCACCAUGGUUGGAUGGGUAUCCCCCACACCCCGACGAAGUACCUGGGGUAUUAUCUGGAGCUGUCUCUCGAUUUUCAUCGUCUGCUCCUGGAAAUGCGUCCAUCUCAACAUCCCAACCCACGAGGAGAUCCAGGGUGAAUGGCAUACGAUGCAGCUCUGCAGAGGCUUUCCUGAUGUUUCCUUCUGGCCUAAAGCGCCCUUACGCCGAAAAUGGAGACGCAAGAUUCUCUGGAUGACAUUUAUUGCUCUUGCGCCUGAGUUUGGGGUUGCGCUGGCAGCGGGGCAGUACAUUGAAGCUCGCCAAGAUUUAAAGAAGUUUAGGCAAUCUCUGUCUAGUGAAGCUGCACAGAAAUAUACCAUGGCUCAUGCUUUUUAUGUUCAGAUGGGAGGUAUUGUUAACUACGGACCCUCACCCCAGUCUUCCACCAUCGAAGAAGAUUCUGCCAGAAAUCUGAAGUUAAGCAAUGGAGUCUCUGAUGUUGCCCAUCCAGACUCUCAUGCCGCCUUUGCACCAAACCAGAGAUCCAGUUCCACUGCGCACGGAGAUCCCGCACCUAAAAUGGCUCGUUCUCUAUCGGAAGUUCAGCCUGAUAUGUUCAGGAUCCCCGAGUCCGAUGUAAAGGAUCUGAGCAAGGCUGAUGUCAUCACCAAGGCGUUCGCUAUUAUCCAGUGCACAUGGCUCGUCGUGCAGAGUGUUUCUCGAGUCGCACACGGAUAUGCCAUAUCUCUACUGGAGUUGGCGACUUUGGCAUUCAUCUUUUGCGCAUUUAUUAUGCACAUGUUUUGGUGGAAUAAGCCAUUCGACGUCGAAUCAAGACGUGUUGUCACGUCAAUAGGGCCCAAUUUUAAAGGGCCUCCAAAUUUAAGCACUCUGUCAAUGGAUGAUUUGACGGCGUCCAAUAAUGCACUUGUCUGGGAAAGAGUGGAAGAUAUAUCAGGCCAUACUUUUUGGCGUCUCAUAGCCGAAAUGGUGGACACCACUGAUCCCGACUUUGCAUCUCGACCUUACAUAGAUCAUCUCCCUUCCGCCUCCCUAUACAUCGCAUCGAUUACAUUUUCUGCUAUUCACCUAGCCGCCUGGAAUUGGGAAUUCCCUUCAGCAGUAGUUAGAUCUCUUUGGAGGUGGCUCAACUUUGGAACGCUGGUGGUUUCCUUCAUACCCUUAGUAUGCAUAGUCCUGCUCACAUUGGAUUUCCAACGAGAGUCUCUCGAGCUAACUUUUGGAAUCACGGCUGUGGUGAUCUUGGGGAUGGGAUUAUUUACUUAUGUUAUAUCAAGAUUGGUGGUCCUGGUUCUGACGUUUUAUUGUCUGUCGUCGAUGCCAGAGAAUGCAUAUGCCACUUUGGACUGGCUGGCGUGGGUCCCGCAUUUCUCAUAG